AUGCUUUAUGAGGAUGUUAUUGGUGAUUUGGAGGACAUGUUAAAAGAUUUCGAUGAAGUUGAAAGUAUAAUUUCCAGCAAUAACAGUGAUAUUGACAGUGAUGAGGAAGAUGAGAUAUUGGCCGAAAGAAGAAUUCAGCGUAUUCAACGAUUGAAUGAAUUCUAUUUGAGAAGGGGUGAAAUUUUUUAUGUUUUUGACAAUCAACAGGUUUACAAGACGUUCCGAUUCGAUAAACCAUCUAUUGAUUAUAUUGUGAAGGAGGGUUUCGCUGCUUUUGCUGGCUUAAGAGGCGUUGUUGGAGCUAUAGAUGGGACGCACAUUAAAAUAUCAAGACCUCAUAAAGAUGAAAUCUUUUAUGUUAAUCGUAAACAUUUUCACUCCAUCAAUGUCCAGGCCAUUUGCGAUGCCAAUGGAAAGUUUUUAAGUGUCAAUGCAUCAAAACCGGGCAGUUGCCAUGAUGCGGCUAUAUUUUCGGACAGUCGAAUUGGCCAAGAAUUGAAAAAUGGGCGGUUUGGUGAUGGAUUUUUGGUAGGAGAUAGUGGGUAUGCGUGUACGCCGUUUCUUUUAACUCCAUAUGCAGUUACAAGAAAUAAUGAUCAAGAACGGUUUAACACGGCACAAAUAAGGACUCGAAAUAUUAUUGAACGGGCGUUUGGCUUUUUAAAAAGAAGGUUUCAUUCACUGCACGGAGAAUUGCGUGUUCAGCCCGGAAGGGCUUGCAGAAUUAUAAUGGCAUGCUUUGUCCUACACAAUAUCGCAUUAUCACGCCGCUUACCCGAUUUCCUUGAUGAAAUACCCGAAGAAGAAGACAUUGGUGACGACGGGGAACACGAAUUCAAUGGAUGGGCACUAUGGCGACCGAAUGAAACCGCUGCGCAAGAGAAAUUGAGACUCCGCCGUGCAGGAUUCCUAAAAAGAGACAAUAUAGCGGCCAAUCAAUUUGGCAACCGUCGUUGA